ACGUCACAGAGAUUUCUGGACUAGGGCUGGAAUCAGUACCUGAGGCCCGGAUAUGAGCGCAAGAUAGUGCCUGAGACAGUCGCAAAAAGGGGCCCUGUUCCCUCACCAUUUCCGCCGCAAUGGAAGGCUCUAGUUUAGGUAAAUAAAAGAAUUGUGUGGGAAAAACUACGAUUUCCAGCAUGCAUUGCGGAUCGAAAGGCCUUCGCCACGGUGUUCCUCGGAAACUGUAGUCUUUUGGAGAGGCGCUUCUGACAGCAGAAGCGGGCGCGAUUCUCACGGCAAGCCAGUGGGUAGCUUGAAGAGCUUCGUGCGCUUACGCACGUCAACAGAUAUGGAUUGGAGUGUUAUUAGGUUUUCGUAUCUUGAGAGCAGCGAAUAGGCUAAAGAACUUACGAGUCCCAGAAGGACUACAAUUCCCAUAUAGCCACUCGAGUCUCGGGCACGGAGUCCACUAAGCCCGACAGCAUGGAACCACAGGUUACUCUGAAUGUGACUUUUAAAAAUGAAACUCAAAGCUUUCUGGUUUCGGAUCCAGAAAAUACAACAUGGGCUGAUGUUGAAGCUAUGGUAAAAGUUUCAUUUGAUCUGACCACUAUUCAAAUAAAAUACCUGGAUGAGGAAAAUGAAGAGGUAUCCAUCAACAGUCAAGGAGAGUAUGAGGAAGCACUUAAGAUGGCAGUUAAGCAGGGAAACCAACUGCAGAUGCAAGUCCAUGAAGGCUCCCGUGUUGAUGAAGCCCCGCCACCAGCUGUACCAGAAAAACGGCCAGUCCUGAGGGCAGGGAAGAAGCCACUUGCACAUUAUUCGUCACUAGUGAAGGUCUUAGGAUCAGACAUGAAGACCCCAGAGGAGCCUGCAGCACAGCAGUUUCCACUUGCUUCCCGUGACACAGACCAGCCUCAGGACAAGCCCCCAGACUGGUUCACAAGCUACCUGGAGACAUUCCGAGAACAAGUAGUUAAAGAAACGGUUGAGAAACUUGAACAGAAAUUACGUGAGAAGCUUGUCCUCCAGAACCCGUCCUUGGGUUCCUGUCCAUCAGAAGUCUCAAUGCCCAUUUCAGAGGAAACGCUGUUUUUGCCAGAAAACCAGUUCAACUGGCAUAUUGCUUGCAACAGCUGCCAAAGGAGGAUCAUUGGUGUGCGCUACCAGUGCAGCCUGUGCCCAUCCUAUAAUAUCUGUGAAGAUUGUGAAUCGGGGCCAUAUACCCAUGACUCCAACCACAUCCUGCUGAAGUUGCGGAGACCUGUGAUGGGUUCUUCUGAAGCGUUCUCUCACCCAAGGUUCCCUGGCCCUCGUCUUCCCGCUGCUCUGGAACAAGCCAGGCUCCAGAAACAGGUCGACAAGAAUUUUCUUAAAGCAGAAAAGCAAAGGUUGCGAGCUGAGAAGAAACAGCGAAAGGCAGAGGUCAAAGAACUCAAAAAACAGCUUAAGCUCCACAGGAAGAUUCAUCUGUGGAGUUCCAUCCAUGGACUCCAGAGCCCCAGGUCCCCUCUAGGCCGAUCCGAGAGCCUGCUGCAGUCAAACACCCUGAUGCUCCCUUUGCAGCCCUGUGCCCCAGUUAUGCCAACCCUCAGUGCAGCAUUUGUGGAUGAGAAUUUGCCCGAUGGGACUCAUCUUCAGCCAGGAACCAAGUUUAUCAAGCACUGGAGGAUGAAAAAUACAGGAAAUGUCAAGUGGAGUGGAGACACAAAGCUCAAGUUCAUGUGGGGAAACUUAACCUUGGCUUCUACAGAAAAGAAAGAUGUUUUGGUUCCAUGCCUAAAGGCCGGCCAUGUAGGGGUGGUGUCUGUGGAGUUCAUUGCCCCAGCUUUGGAGGGAACAUAUACUUCCCAUUGGCGUCUUUCUCACAAAGGCCAGCAGUUUGGACCUCGGGUCUGGUGCAGUAUCAUAGUGGAUCCUUUCCCCUCCACAGAGAGCCCUGAGAACAUUGAAAAGGGCAUGGUUCACUCAAGCAAAGCCGAUGAGCUCUCCUGCCAGCAAGAGGAAGCUUUUCUUCUGGCUAAAGAAGAAAUUCAGCUUGAUGAAGUGACUGAGCAGACCAAAGAGACAGGAACCUGCAUCCCACAGAAGACAAAAAAUGUGGCCAGCGAGAGAGAGCUCUACAUCCCAUCUGUGGACCUUCUGACUGCCCAGGACCUGUUGUCCUUUGAGCUGUUGGAUAUAAACAUUGUCCAAGAGUUGGAAAGAGUGCCCCACAAUACUCCCGUGGAUAUGACUCCCUGCAUGUCUCCUCUGCCGCAUGACAAUCCUUUAAUAGAGAAGCCAGGCUUGGGGCAGAUUCAGGAAGAGAGCGAAGGGGCGGGAUUUAAAGUGCUUCCUGAUCCCACCGUCUCAGUAAAGAGGAAGCCUCAGAAUGUCACCUCAGUGGAGGAAGCAGAAGAUGAUCUGAGUGGGACCCAAUUCGUGUGUGAGACUGUAAUCCGAUCCCUCACCUUGGAUGCUGCCCCAGACCACAACCCACCUUGCAGACAGAAGUCCCUGACCAGGGCAGAAUUACAGCUACAUAACUCAGAGGAACAGCAGCUACUUGUGCUGCCUGGAUUCUGCAGUGAGGAGUCUUCCUUGAAAUCUGCUUCCCCUGAAGAGGGACCACUUGGAGAUGAACAGGAGGAUGUUGUCCAUAACACCAAAGAAGCUGUCAUCGAGGAGGAGGAGGAAGAGGAGGAUGAGCUCAAAGAUGAAGUUCAGAGUCAGUCCUCUACUUCUUCAGAGGAUUACAUCAUCAUCCUGCCUGAGUGCUUUGACACUAGUCGUCCCCUGGGCGACUCCAUGUACAGCUCUGCACUCUCACAGCCAGGCCUAGAGCGAGGGGCUGAAGGUGAACCUGGGGUUGAGGCUGGGGAGAGGCUCGCUGAAGGGGAGAACCAGCUGCAGGGGCAGAGCAUCAAUGACAUCCUCAUGACCUCACAGACUCUGGACACAGUACCUCUGACCCCAGAGGUGGUGGGGCCUCCACCACAACUGUCCAGGAGCCCUCCUUGUGCACAGCCUGAUGGUUCCCCGGGAGUGGAUUUACCAGUUAUCAUACCAGAAGUUUCUUCAGUCCCUGAUCAGAUCAGAGGAGAGCCCAGAGGCUCAUCAGGACUUGUAAACAGCAGACAGAAGAGCUAUGACCACUCAAGGCACCACCACCAUGGGAGCAGCAUUGCUGGAGGACUGGUGAAGGGGGCUUUAUCUGUUGCUGCUUCUGCGUAUAAGGCCUUGUUUGCUGGGCCACCAGUCACUGCCCAGCCAAUAGUUUCUGAAGAUCAGACAGCAGCUCUGAUGGCCCAUCUCUUCGAAAUGGGAUUCUGUGACAGGCAGCUGAACCUCAGGCUGCUGAAGAAGCACAAUUAUAACAUCUUACAGGUUGUGACAGAACUGCUUCAGGUCAACAACAAUGACUGGUACAGCCACCGCUACUGAGGAGUGGCCUUGUAUUAAAUCACUUUGCCUGCUGCUCAGAGAUGAUCUUUAUUCUGUCCUGGGGGCGUAGGGGAGAAGCCCUGGAUGAUUUUUUUAAUCUGAUGAAUCUAUAUAGAACCCAUUAUCGAAUUACCAAGACAGUACCUGCAUUACAGUAUUUUCUGGAGCAAAUCAAAGACCAGAACCAAAACAGAGACAUUGGAUGAAUUGUAGGAAAACUUUUUCAGUUGAUUUGGACAAAGCUCCUAUCUCCAUUUUAGUGCAUUGAAGAGCAUUGACUUGAACUUCCUAUAGAACCAUUUUUCUUUCUGCUUGUAUCAAAGUUAAGUAUUUUUCUUUGGUUAAAUGUGGAUGUUUCUAUGGGGAUAUCUGUUGUCAGUUUUCAAAAGAAAUUAACCUUGGAAGUUGUUUUCAAGAAUUCUUACAAUUUUUCUAGCCUACCCCAAGCCUCAUACCUAUGUGGUAUUGAAAUGACACCCAGAGCCCCGUCUUGUUAAUCUUCCUUGCUCAAGGACAAGUCAUUUCCCUGUAAGACAUAGUAAAUCAGCACUGUUUUCUAAAGACCCCACUGGUACAUUCAAGAAGAUCCACUUUCUGGGUCUCUGCACUUCAGUGAGAGGAGGAGGGAGUGUGCUCAGUUAACCCACCAGCACCUAUUGAGCAGUGUUUACUGUAGUAAUAUUGCAUACAUUUUUUUUUUUGUUUAAGGGAACAAAUUUAAGUAGGUAGUGUGAAAUAUUUUGCUAAUCCUAUAGAGAAGGGGAAAACUAUUAAAAGGAAAAGAAAUGUAACAGUUACCUUUUUUCUUAAUGUCAGGGCAGAUGUUACAGUUGAAAGAAGAAAAGUGAAAGGCUCUUAAUCUAGUAAAGUUAGUUCAGGGGUGGGCAAAUGUGUGUGAGGCACAGGAAAUGCUGAUGACUUUUUGAAUGUCUGAAAUCUGCUCAAAGGUAUCUAGCCUUAGUCUAGAACAGGAGGAGGCUGUUUUGCAAGACUAGGAUGGGAACAGACUCUGAAAAAGGUUUGGGUUAACCCCAAAACGAAUGAGAAAGCUUGUUGCCAGGGGCCCAGGUCCUCAUUCUGUUUACAGAAAGGAGUCUUGGGUAUAAUGGGUAAAGGAAAGGUAACAAAAAACACUAAAAGCUACUACUAUCCAUGAAAGUGACUUGCAGAAAAAGAAGACUCAACCCUCAUCCAGAAGGGGAAGGAUAGUAAACUAGUAUUAUUUAACCUGGUUGGUAUUUAUAAUGAAUGGUGAUGUUAAUUAAUCAUUAGUCAUCAUGAUGUUUAUUUACAGUAUACUUCUUGAUCGCUAUUAAAUAAACCAAGAUUCAGACUGCAA